UGCGAAAUACGUCAGGAAAUUAGAAAAAGGAAAAAAGCGAGAAGAAGAAGAGAAGAGAGACGAGCUCACGGGCCCUAAACCCUAACCCGCGGACUAAUUGGCGGCGGCGGCGGCGAUGGCGGGCGGCGGCGGAGAAGGGGUUUCGCCGUCGGCGGCGCUCAAGGACCAGGGGAACGAGCAGUUCAAGUCGGGGAACUACCUCAAGGCCGCCGCGCUCUACACGCAGGCCAUCAAGCUCGACCCCGACAACGCCACCCUCUACAGCAACCGAGCUGCCGCCUUUCUGCAGCUGGUUAAGCUUAGUAAAGCACUUGCUGAUGCUGAGACAACAGUCAAGCUGAAGCCAGAGUGGGAAAAGGGUUAUUUCAGGAAAGGUUGUGUCUUGGAGGCCAUGGAGCGCUAUGAAGAGGCAAUAUCUGCUUUUCAGACAGCUUUGCAGCACAAUCCACAAAACACAGAAGUCUCAAGAAAAAUCAAGAGGCUUUCUCAGUUGGCAAGGGAAAAGAAGCGAGCUCUUGAUGUAGAGAGCAUGCGUUCCAAUGUUGAUAUUGGGAAGAACUUAGAUGCUCUGAAAACAGAGUUGGCUGCAAAGUAUGGAGAUGUAGAAACAGGGCAGAGUAUCUUUUCGUUUGUUGUUAAUGUGAUAGAAUCAGCAAUAAAGGCUUGGCAUGACACAGGAAAAGUUGAUCCAAGGGUCAAUUUUCUUCUCGAUGAUCAGAAGACAGAUACUCAAAAAUAUGCCCCAGUGGUUAACAUUGACAAGGCCUUUGAGUCACCCCAAACUCACAGCGAAUGCUUCACAUUUUUGCGGCAAUAUGCGGAGGAUUCUUCUGCGAAGGCUGCUUGUAUGGUGGCAGCGAAGAGCAUCAUCUCCUACCCACAGGUCUGGAAAGGGCAAGGAUCCAGGAAAUGGAAGCUUGACCAGAGUGAUGGGUUCUUUGUACAAUUUGAAUCACCAGCGCUAAGGAAGAUAUGGUUUGUGCCCAGCACAAAAGAAAAGGGUCGAACGUUGUGCAGGAGCCCUGAGACCUUGGACAUCGGCAUCCAUGAGGUCCUCCCCCGGAUAUUCAAGGAAGCAGCAGCAGCAGCAGCUUGAUGGAGAGGCAAAUGGACAAGGCUGCACGUAUGAUCGAUCGGUACCCGGAUCGGUUUUCAGCUGGAGUAUUGGGGUGUUUCUGGGAUGGUAAGGAGCGGGGGGGCCAAACUCUGUGACCAGUGGAAUCGAUCUUCAGGGGUUGUGUGUGUGUGCCGACUGCCGAGGGACUCGGAAAUUUUGCUGCUCUGUGGCUCUCGCUGUUGUAUUUCCGGUCGUGCAAUUUCAUAAUUUUUUCUAAAAUUUCCAUUCAUUGAA